UGCCAACUUCCUUCAGAUACUUCCUUAAUUCUUUCUUGUUGAGAUAAUUGCCCCUGUUGAGAAUUUUUGCCUGGAAGCCUACAUCAUCGCGGUAUUGAUAGCGGUAGGAACCAUGGUUUCUUCGGCUUGGCUAUCUCGGAGCUCCUGUAGAAGGACGCACUUCUAUGACGGAGGAGUCGUUGCGGUCUUUAAGCGGUUUCUGUUUUCAGGGAGCCUGCAUCAUCGCGAGUCGGAUGGUGGAGAGCAGCCGGCGACAUGUGGACGGCCUGAGGCUCUAUUCACGUACGCAAUCGUACCCUCUAGCCGGCGGCGUGCACCGUAUUCGUUAAGGGGUAAGUACGUCAUUGCAUGUUCGACUUGCAGCUUACUUACCAUCCUCCAGAAGGUGCCGUAUCCCCCACAUCUCACGCGCAAUCAACGACUGUAGGACGAAGUAUCGAAACUGGUCGCGCACGAUAAAGCUUAACCACAU